AUGCCAAAGAAAACCCCCUACUCUUUCACACAACCGAGUCCAGUUGAACAAGAUCUCGUAGGCCGCCCAACCGGACAAUCUUUCAGUAACACCGAGCUCACAGCCGUCACCGUCGACGUGGAGAGGUCAGCAGACCUGGUGAAGCGGCGGUUAAAACCCAGUGUCCACUUUCUAAAAAGCAGCAGACCGAAAUUCCUCUUUUUCUCAAUCUAUCUUCUUCAGUCAGUUCCCUUUUUCUUCGUCUUCUUUUUCUUCUCCUCCUUCUUCACCUUCUUCUUCUUCUAUUCCUAUUUUUCUUCAAUCUCUCUUCUUGAGACAGUUCCCUUUUUCUUUUUCUUCUUCUUCGUUUUCACUUCCUCUUUUUCUUUUUCUUCAAUCUAUCUUCUUCAUUCAGUUCCCUUCUCUUCUUUUUCUUCUCCCUAUUCUUCUCCUUCUUUUUCUUCUUUUUCUUUUAUUAUUAUUAUUUCCCUGCCGUAUUCUUUUUUUCUUCUUCUAAAUCCUGAUUAUUAUUAUUUUCUCUUUUCCGUUCAUUAUAUUUUUUAUUGUCAGUUCCCUUCUUCUUCCAUCUAUCUUCUUCAAUCAGUUCCUUUCUUCUUCUUCUUCUUCUUCUUCUUCUUCUUCUUCUUCUUCUUCUUCAUCAAUCUAUCUUCUUCAGUCAGUUCCAUUUUUCUUCUUUUUCUUCAGUCAUUAUCAUUCUUCUUCAGUCAGUUUCCUUCUUUUUUCUUCAAUCUGUCGCCUCUAAUUUCCUUCUACUUCAUUUUUUCUUCAAUCUAUCUUAUUCAGUCAAUUCUCUUUUUCUUCUUCAUUUCCUUCUUCUUCUUCACUCACUAUAAUUCUUCUUCUUCGAUCAGUUUCCUUCCUUUUUCUUUAAACUUCAGCUCACUUUUUCCAUUUUUUUUCUUCUUCAGUCACUGUCCGUUCUUUUUCUUUAAUCUUUCGUCUUCAUUUUCUUUCUUCUUAUUCUUGUUAUUUUUCAUUCUUCUUCUAUCAGUUUACUACUUCUUUUUCUUCUUCGGUCAAUUACCGUAUUCUUUACUUCUUUUCACUUCUUCUUCACUUACUUUUCUUCUUCUUCUUCUUCUUCUUCUUCUUCUUCUUCUUCUUCUUCUUCUUCUUCUUCAGUCCACUUCAUUCUUCUGCCUUUUCUUCCGUCAGUUUCACCCUGCGCCUCCUUUUUCUUCUUUAUUUUCUUCUUCUGUAAUCACUUUUUCUUUGCCUCUUUCAUUUUCUUCCAAUUCCCCUUUCUUUAUCACUCAUUCUUUUUCAUUCUUCUUUUCGUCCUAUCGAUUUAUCUCUUUCCUGUUCUCUUUCUUCUUCCACUUUCACUGUGAUCACUUCUUUUCAUUUACCCCCACUUUUCUCUCCACCAACUACAUCACCCCGCCUUCAUCUCUACACACUUUCUUCUCUACCUCUUCCCUCUUCUCACAACAGGACCUGACAUGUUAUUUUGGUGUUUUCCACUUUAUUUUCGUUCACUCUCGGAGCAAUCAUGUAUUUUUCUUUCUUUUUUUUUUCUUAAUUUAUAUCAUUCGAUCUGUUCAUAUCUUAUUCUGUUCAAAUCAAUCUCUCUUUAUCUAUCUAUCUAUCUAUCUCAUUCUCUCUCUAUAUAUCUGUCUGCCUCUCUUAGUUUGCUCAUAUCUAUCUAUCUAUCUAUCUAUCUAUCUAUAUGAGACUUUUCAUAUCUAUCUAUCUAUCUAUCUAUCUAUCUAUCUAUCUAUCUCAACCUUUCAUAUCUAUCUAUCUAUCUAUCUAUCUAUCUAUCUAUCUAUCUAUCUAUCUCAAUCUUUUCAUAUCUAUCUUAGUCUGUUCACAUCUAUCUAUCUAUCUAUCUAUCUAUCUAUCUAUCUAUCUAUCUAUUUCAGGAUGCCAAUAUCUAUGUUUCCUUUUCUCUCUAUUGUUUAUUUUAACGCUUCAUUUAUUUUACUAGCCUGUCAGUGUUAUGGAAUUCGCUCUGGUUUCUCCACCUUCUGA